AUGCUGGUGGAGCACGGCAAGACCUACCUCCUCCGCGUCGUGAACGCCGCGAUGAGCAACGGGCUCUUCUUCUCCGUCGCCAGUCAUACAUUCGUGGUCGUAGGAUCCGACGGGAACUACGUCAAACCUUUGUCCUCGGAUUACAUCAUGAUCACGCCCGGGGAAACGAUGGACUUGCUACUGAAAGCUAACCAGCCUCCCGACGCACUCUACUACAUGGCAGGCCGGGCGUUUAGCUAUCUCUCCCUCGGCUCGUUUCCCACCACCGCCACCACCGCCAUCGUCGAGUACGUUUCUGACCUCCCCUUGGAGUCGACUAAACCCCUCCUGCCAACCCUUCCUUACUACAACGAUACCGCGGCGGCGACCAACUUCUCCUUCGCGCUCCGUAGUCCAGCGAACGCCGCCCACCCGGUGGAUGUCCCCAAGACGGUCGACCAAGACAUGUUCAUCGCGGUCGCCAUUAACGAGCUCGAGUGCCCCCAGGCGUCGUGCGCCGGGCCCAACGGGACGCGGCUGCGGGCAAGCCUCAACAACAUCAGCUUCGUGGACCCUCCCAUCGACAUACUGGAAGCCUACUACGCGGGGAUCGGCGGCGUGUUCGGCGAGAACUUCCCGAGCAUGCCGCCGUACUACUACAACUUCACGGCGACGGACCAGCCGCUGAGCCUCUUGCUCCCGACGCUGGGGACCGAAGUCAGGGUCUUGGAGUACGGGACGAGGAUGGAGGUGGUGUUCCAGGGGACGUCGCUGGUGAUGGGGGACAACCAUCCCAUGCACCUGCACGGCUACAGCUUCUACGUGGUGGGCUGGGGCUACGGGAACUUCGACAAGAAGAGAGAUCCCCUGAGGUACAAUCUGCAAGAUCCACCAUUCAAGAACACCAUCGGAGUUCCCAUAAACGGAUGGGUGGCCGUCAGAUUCACAGCCAACAAUCCUGGGGUGUGGUUCAUGCAUUGCCAUAUCGAGCGCCACAUGAUUUGGGGAAUGAACACCGUGUUGAUAGUGAAGGAUGGCGAAGGCCCAAAGGAGAAGGUGCUGUCUCCACCUCGCUACAUGCCGCCUUGCUAG